AUGGUUCGUCUCUCCGUACUUCCAGCUGCGGCUGUAACUCUGUUCCUUUUCGGAGUCAAGGCUAGCCCCUGCAAGCCUGCGACCACGGGAGUCACAAGCAUUGCCGAGAGCUCAACUGUUGUACCCGAUUCGACCGCUACGUCCUUCGACUCCACAGCAGUUACUACUGUCAUCGAGGCUACCUCCACCGUCCAGGAAGAACCGACAGCGGAUACGACCGAGACAAGCGUUGUUGAGAGCGUAUCGACCAUUGCUUCUGAUACGACCACUGCUUCAGCGGUUGUCACUACUACUGCGCUUGACCCUACCACUGCGGCCCAGGAAGAGCCUGCGACUACCAGUGGAGCCCCGGAUUGUGUUGAAACCCAGUUGUUUAUCAACUCUGGCUUCGACGACAGCGACUCUGAUAUCACACCCUGGACAAGCAACGGCGAAAUAACCCGAAUUGGACCUCAGAGUGGUGGAAAUGCUGUGGCUUAUGCGUUUGCGACCAACGGCAAUGACCAAGCUGGAACUGUCUCGCAAACUUUGAGCAAUCUUUACGGCACCUACGAGUUUUCCUACUACUACCGUGUUAUCCAUGUCAGUCAACAUGCUGACUACACUUGUAAUACGGAACUCAAGGUGGGAGAUACUUCCAGGGAUGGAACGUUCUAUGAUACCGUUGGUGAUUGGAGGGUUGACCGCCUCAUCUUCUCUGAUAUCAAUGUCGCCCAGGCAGAUGUAAAGCUCAUCGUGACCUGUUAUGGAGAGUAUCAGUCAAUCCAAGUCAAUGUCGACACUCUUGGAUUCAAGCGUAUUUGCAGCUUGUAG